CCCAAAUUUAUACGACUGAGAAUAAAAGAGAUUUCCACAGAACGACCCCCGGGCACUACCUUGGAGACAACAUUAGGUUGAACUAUACAAUUUUCAAUCUCAGCGGGAGGUCAUCAUUUCAAAAAAUUCUCAUUUAAAUUUUUUCACUAUCCGAUUCUUCCUUGGAUUUGGGUUAACGAAAAGUUCAACAAAAAUGAGUCCGAGUAGUAGCAGACUCUUAACUCACUUCAACAGAUUUAUAUCUACUAAAUACCCAUCUGGAUCGUUACAAAAUUGCAGACUACCUUCAAAUCAACCAGCAUUCCAAAUUAAUCAUUAUCGAUUCCUCGAUAUCUACCAGUUUACAGACAAAGAAGCAAUAAAGAAGGAGCGUGCAAGACUUGGGGAUGAGCUAAACAGAGGCUAUUUUGCUGACAUUUCUGAGCUAAACAAGCAUGGUGGUAAGAUUGGCUUUGCAAACAAAACUCUCAUUCCAACAAUUGCUGCUAAAAAUUUUCCGACGUUAGUUGUAGAAUUUACAGAUGGUAGAAAAUGUUCUCUGCCUGGUGAGGCUGUAAAGUCUAAUGAUCAUAUACACUGCAGUGAUACAACUACCUGUCCAAAUGCAACACUCAUAUGCCUUUCUUUUCGUGCCAAUUCUCAGGCUAUGAUUGACUCUUGGAGUUCCCCAUUUCUGGAAGCCUUCAAAACUAAGACAGAUCUGCAGCUUUACGAGGUAUCUUUUAUAGAUUCAUGGCUGUUAUCUCUUAGGCCUAUUAAGAGUUUGCUUCUCCGCACAUUACGGAAAUCUGAAAUUGUUGAGGGUUCUCAAGGUUUUCAAAGACAAAUUGUCUAUUCAUUUGGAGAUAAUUAUGACUUUCGGAAAGAACUCAAGAUAUUGAACCUCCUAACAGGGUAUAUCUUUUUGCUUGACAACAAAGGCAGGAUACGUUGGCAAGGUUUUGGGACAGCAUCAGAUGAAGAGGUAUCAUCAAUGAUUACAUGUACAUCCUUGUUGCUGAAAGAGCAGUGCAAAUAGUUGCUGGAAUUUUGAUUAAUUCAGUUCAUGCUUCUUAUAGGCAUAAUCAUUAUUUGACAAAUGCAGAUGCAGUUUCUAUGAUCUGUUGAAUAUCUAUAAGUGAUUGUUUUCUAGAAACGCUAAUUUCCUACCCAAAUAAAAUUAACAAGCACAUUCAUUGGUUGCAGUAAUGGUUUUUUAUAUUACAGAUUGCUUGAAUGCAUUGAUACAGUGGAUUUAUUCAUUAUUGUAUUCCCUGAGUGCUUAAGUAGGUAUUUUUUCUUAAUAAUGAGAUAUUUCAUGUUUGAUACUGAAAA